CCCACACAGAGCUGCGGUGACAGCAGCAGUCUGUGCUCUGUAUAAAUAGGCAGAGGUGAACUGCUGGGUUCAACCACAACCACUGCACAGGGACUUUUCUCUCUCUCCGGGGGGAUAUUUCGGACCACCGCCUCACUUUACGUUUUACUUUCACUUUUGCACUCGUCCAGUGCGGGACAGAAGUGCGAGCUUCACUCGUUGUGGGACGAACAUCAGGAUAAGUGUACAUCUUCAGUCAUGGCCGCCAUCAGCAGCUCGAACACCGUUUUCGCCUUGGACCUGCUCCGCACGCUGAGCAAAGCGAACCCCAAUGGGAACAUCUUCGUCUCCCCGCUCAGCAUCAGCUCGGCCCUGGCCAUGGUUUACCUGGGAGCUAAAGGAAACACUGCGGCCCAGAUGGCACAGGCGCUCUCAUUCAGUGCUGGUGAAGGCGUGCAUGCAGACUUUCACACUCUGAACGCUGACAUCAACUCACCGUCUGCAUCCUACAUCCUGAAACUUGCUAACCGACUCUACGGAGAAAGCACAGCCAACUUCCUCCCGAAAUUCCUCGAAGCCACACAAAAGUUUUACCAGGCAGACCUGAAAUCUGUGGAUUUCAUCGGAGCUCCAGAGGCCUGCAGGGCGGAGAUCAACAGCUGGGUCGAGCAGCAGACAGAAAAUAAGAUUAAAGAUCUUCUGAAGCCAGGAACAGUCAACCCAAUGACCCGACUGGCUCUGGUUAAUGCCAUUUACUUCAAGGGGAGCUGGAAGAACCCAUUCAAAGUGAAAAACACCAUGGAGAUGCCCUUCAAAGUCAACAAGAAUAAAAGUACGCCGGUCCAGAUGAUGCACCAGGUGAAGACGCUGCCCUUCAACUACAUCCCUGAGCUCGGUCUGCAGAUCCUGGAGCUGCCGUACACUGAUGAGGAGCUCAGCAUGUUCAUCCUGCUGCCUAAGGAGUCUGCAAACGGCCCCGACAGUCUCCUGAAGCUGGAGAAAACGCUAACACAGGAGAAGCUGGACAAAUGGACCAACAGGGAAAACAUGGACCUCAACGUUGAAGUCGUCGUUCACCUGCCCAAGUUCAAGUUGGAGGACGACUACGAGCUGAACGAGCCGCUCGCCAAACUGGGCAUGGCAGACGUGUUCUGCUUGGCAAAGUCAGAUCUGUCCGGCAUGAAUGGCGAUGGAGGACUCUUCCUGUCUACAGUGGCGCACAAAGCCUUUGUGGAGGUGAACGAGGAGGGGACGGAGGCGGCCGCGGCCACUGCAGGCAUCGCCAUGUUCUGUAUGUUAAGCCCGCAGGAACACUUCACAGCCGACCACCCGUUCCUCUUCUUCAUCAGGCACAAUAAGACCAAGUCCAUCCUCUUCCUCGGCAAGUUCUUGUCUCCUCAGUAGACCAACCCAGCAGAGGAUGAUGUUGGACAGAUUCAAAUAAAAAAGAUAUUCAAAAUCUC